AUGUCGGACGCGGACGCGCGCGAGGUGGUGAUCGAGGAGGAACCGGUGGUCGAGGCGGCGCCGGAGGCGGCCGCGGUGGAGCUGAAGACGACGCCGUUCGAUGCGCGAUUCCCGCAGACGAAUCAGGCGAAGCACUGUUACACGCGAUACAACGAGUUCCACAAGUGCCAGGCGGAGAACGGCGAGGGCGCCGAGGAGUGCGAACCCUUGGGCAAGUUUUACCGAGCCAUCUGCCCGCAGGAGUGGGUGGAGAAGUGGAACGAGCAACGAGAAGAGGGAACUUGGGCGGGACGCUACUAG